AUGGCUACUGACACCGAGACAAAGAGAGAAGUGAUGGAGCUUCCGGUUACGCCGACUCCAACUUACAAUCAGCAGAGCCCACUUGGGAUGUUUCCAACUUCAUUGUCGCGCCCAUGGCCGGAGAGUUCACCAAACACGACUCCCUCCGGCGUGUCGCUUAAUCUAGGCAGUCCUGCAGGCAGCGCUUCCGGUCAAGUUCUCCCGACGACAACAGGCAACCCUGCCACAACAGUCACGAGUACCGCUGUCACAUCCUCUCCCAGCGUGGCGAACAUUUCUUCAGCAGGCGUCAAGUCAUCGCCAUCGCCGCCUCCAGGAGUGCCCGAUGCGAGCAAGGACGGAAAAAGUUCACCGACGUACUCGGACUCGACGAGCUCGCGUUGCUUUCCCUAUCCUUAUCCAACUCCGGCGCGGAGAAGACAUCGGACCUCCUUCACCCAAGAACAGUUGAACUUGCUAGAAAGUGCCUUCGCCAAAACGCAGUACCCCGACAUCUACUACAGAGAAGAACUAGCGUCAAGGACGAAAUUGACAGAAGCUAGAAUCCAGGUCUGGUUCCAAAACCGUCGAGCAAAGUUCCGAAAAGUGCAGCGCCAAAUGAUGGCUUCGAAUGCUCUCCAGUCACAGCCCAAUUUGCUCAAUCGUUCACCAGCUGGAAUCACUCCAUUUUCGCAAGGAUUCCAAGGUCUACCUUGCCCGUCCGGACUCUACAGUGCCGCGGGAAGCUAUAGCUACUAUCCUCUGAACACCGGCGUGCCAGGUGCUCCGGAACAGAGUCCUCUCAACACUGGCGACUCGGCACUGGACAACGCAUCCGCCGCCUCUGCUUGGGGAAGUUACUCGCGCAGCUUCGCCUUGCCGCCCAGUUCAGCCGGCUUCUUGCCUGGCAACGGCAACUCUGCGCAGAAUUCGCUCCUCCAACUCGCCGGGCUCCAAGGACUCGACAAGUGGCAGUAG